UUGCCAACUUUACUCCAUCAGCUGUGUUCAGACGUUCGGAGCAAUCGGAGAUCGGAGUUCGGAAUUUUGUGCAAAUAAACAUGGCAGCAAAGUUAAUAGGGUUGGAUAAAGUCGCGACGUUAUACCGUGCGAUACGCGACCACGGUGGUAUUAUCGGUUCUUUCAAAACAUACUUUAGGGUGGACGAACUAAAGAGUGGUACCUUGGUUGGGCAAGACAAGUAUGGUAAUCGGUAUUAUGAGAAUAACGCGCACUUUGUAGGUCGUAACAGAUGGGUGAUAUAUGCAGAUAAAGUUGGAUUGAAUUAUGACGGUUCACAAGUUCCACCCGAAUGGUUUGGUUGGUUACACUAUAAAACAGAUUUGCCACCACACAAAGACCCAUCUCGACCCAAAUACAAAUGGAUGUUGGAUCACCAACAAAAUAUGAGUGGUACUGAUCAGGCUUAUAUGCCUUACAGCACUACAAGACCCAAGAUUGAACCUUGGCGGCCACCACAGUGACAAGCUUUGUUAUAAGAGCAGUGAGAAAAAGAAUAAAUAGUUAAUUCAUAAUAGUGAAAUAAAAUAUUCAAUGUAAAUAAAGAUUAUAUACCAAGAUAAAAAAUUAUAGGUAUUUA